AUCUAAUCAGAUCAACGGUUUGGAUUACCGAAAUAAAGCCUGUGAGACCCAACAAUUCAUCAUUUACUAAAGUGUGGCAAACUACAGAGAAAGAGGGGAAUGGAAGAAAACUCAAAACGAAAAGAUACCCUCUUCUCUCUCCUUUUCCCGGCCAAAACUUUUGUAGCAGCUGCAGCAUCUCCUCCAUCAAAAUCUCACCUCCUGUAACAUCUCCCAGCCAAAAUCUCGUCCCUAACCUCAUCUAAUCUCGCCAAAAUCUCGCCCCUACCUCCAUCCACUGUCCUCUCCGCCAUUUCUCCACUAAAAUCUCGCCCCCACCACUGCAAAAUCUCGGCCCGGCUUCAAUUCUUGCCACCGCUGCUUCAUUUUCUCGUCCAAAAUCUCACCACCUUCAAGCGAAAAUCUAGUCAUCGCUGCAGCAUUCCGUCAUUUUGAACAUUUACACCCUCAAAACUUUAAAAUCCAAACCCAAAACUUCACUUCAGUUGCGACAUUCGCCCCUCAAAUUCUCGAAAAUGGCCUUUCUCCAUCUCACCUUCUUCUCAUUACUUGUCUCUUUCUUCUCAAAACCGAUCACAGCCGUCGAUUCUCAUCCGGACACGAUUUCUCUACUCAGCUUCAAAUCCUCCGUUGAAUCCAACCCUCCAAAUCUCCUCUCAGAUUGGGACCCCACACUCAAGCCUCACUGCGAUUGGCACGGCGUCGCCUGCGAUGGAUCCUCCGGCAGAGUUAUUUCUCUCAAUCUCACCGGAAACGGCGCCGGUCUCGCCGGGAUUCUGACACCCUCCAUCGGGAAUCUCUCAUCGCUCCGGAUCCUCUCUGUCCCCCACAAUUCGUUCCACGGCGAGAUUCCCGAGGACAUUGGACGGCUCCAAUCGCUCGAGGUUCUCGAGCUUCAAGGUAACAACUUCUCUGGGCAGGUUCCGCUGCAGAUCGCCCGCAUUCCGUCCCUCCGGUUUGUGAAUCUCUCCCGCAAUUCGCUAUCAGGACCGAUCCCUGAGGAUCUGAUCGGAUUCUCCAGGAUCGAGUCCAUCGAUCUUUCGUAUAAUCUGCUCUCGGGCGGGAUCCAUGUGAACCCUUCGAGCUGGUGCGGGUCGCUUGCUCAUCUGCGGGUCUCGAGUAAUUACUUGAUCGGUAAGAUCCCACCGGAAAUUGGGAACUGCUCGAAUCUGCGGUCGCUGUUGAUUGAUGGGAACAUUAUCGAAGGUCGGAUUCCACCUGAGAUUGGACGGAUUUCUGAGCUUCGGAUUCUAGAUGUUUCAAGGAACAGUCUAACUGGAAGGAUCCCGACAGAGCUUGCAAACUGCAGUAAGCUCUCAGUUCUUGUUUUGACGAAUUUGGCUGAGUUUGAUUCUGCCGUUGAUUCGGCAGUGAAUGCUCGAGGAGAAUUCAAUGCUUUCGUGCACGGGAUUCCUUUCGAGAUACUUUCUAUUCUAGCUCUUGAAGUUCUUUGGGCUCCGAGGGCGAAUCUCAACGGUCGAUUGCCAGGCAACUGGAAUGAACAGUGUGGAUUACGGAUACUAAAUCUCGGGCAGAAUUAUAUUGAUGGGAUAAUACCAGAAGGGCUCGGUAUGUGUCGGAAUCUUUCAUUCUUGGAUUUGAGUUCAAAUGAAUUGCAGGGAUCAGUUCCAUUUCAGUUACAGAUUCAGUGUAUGAAUUACUUGAAUGUUAGCCACAAUUCGCUAUCUGGGUCUCUGCCGGAAAUCAGUAAGACUAGUUGUAAUUCAAGUGUUAAUCUGUUCGAAGAUGAAAAAUUUGCUGCUCUGCUUUCUAGUGCUUGGAUGAACAGCCCGUUUGGAUCGAUUUUGAAUGUGAGUUUUGUGGUUCUUCAUGAUUUUAGCUGGAAUACUUUAGUGGGGCCGUUACCGUCGUUCUCAUUAGGAAAUUAUUUUCUAUCAAAACAGUUCAAAUGGUCGUAUGGGUUACUCCUGAAUAACAAUCAUUUUAAUGGGUCACUUCCAAUCGAGCUUUUUAUGGAUUGUAAUGGUGUGCAAGGCUUUGCAGUUAAUCUGAGUGUUAAUCAGAUAUCAGGUGGAAUAAACGGACGGUCGAUUGUUAGCUGCUUGCAGCUAAAGAGUGUGGAAGCAGCAUCUAAUCAGCUUAGUGGGCCGAUCCCUCCCGGAAUUGGUGACUUACAAAUUCUUGAACGCCUUGACUUGAGAGAUAAUAGAUUGAAUGGAACGUUACCCGAUCAGCUCGUGACACUGAGGAAUUUGAAAUGGGUUCUUCUUGGGGGGAAUGGCUUAACUGGAGAAAUCCCUAUCAAACUAGGACAGUUGGCAUCUCUUUCGGUUUUGGAUCUCUCUAGAAAUGCUCUAACUGGUAAAAUCCCCACCAGUUUGGCAAAUGCCUCAGAUCUUGAAACCAUGUUGCUUGAUCACAACAAGCUUUCUGGCGAAAUCCCUUCAUCCUUCUCGUUGCUUUCCAAUCUUAUGAAACUAGAUGUUUCAUUCAACAACCUUUCUGGUAACAUACCACAUCUUGAACAUUCUGGCAACUGUGAUUCCUUCAAGGGAAAUUCCUUUGCGCAACACUGUCCGGAUUCGAACUCCUCGCCGCCCGCUGGUCUCCCAUUUCCACUCGAAGUCCGAAGAUGGGGUGGUCGAAGUAGUAAAUUGAAGUCGUUUGUGAUAGCACUGGUAGCUUCUGCCUCUGUGAUAGUCUCUGUUCUUGUAGUGCUGAUUCUAGUCCUUGUUUUUGGAAGGAGAAAGCUUGGUAGGCUCACCAGCCUAAGACGGAAAGUUGUCGUGACGUUUAUGGAUGCUCCCACAGAGCUGAAUUACGACGGUGUUAUUAGAGCGACGGGGAAUUUCAGCAUCACAAAUUUGAUUGGAACGGGUGGGUUUGGAGCUACCUACAAGGCAGAGCUGGUCCCUGGCUUCUUAGUAGCUGUGAAGAGGCUGUCCAUGGGUAGAUUUCAAGGCCUUCAACAAUUCGAUGCGGAGAUCAGAACAUUAGGAAGGAUCCGCCACAAGAACCUCGUUACUCUUAUUGGCUACCACAUGGGAGAAGCAGAGACAUUUCUGAUCUACAAUUAUCUACCGGGCGGGAAUCUAGAAACCUUCAUUCACGAGAGAUCUGAUAAAAACGUGCGGUGGCCCGUUAUUCACAAAAUUGCUCUAGAUGUGGCCCAUGCAUUGGCCUACCUUCACUACUCUUGCAUCCCUAGGAUAGUUCACCGUGACAUCAAGCCAAGCAACAUCCUGCUCGACGAAGGCCUGAAUGCAUAUCUGUCAGAUUUCGGAUUGGCUAGACUUCUUGAAGUGUCUGAGACCCAUGCUACGACGGAUGUGGCUGGCACAUUUGGGUAUGUUGCGCCUGAGUAUGCGACCACUUGCAGGGUCUCUGACAAGGCAGAUGUUUACAGCUUCGGGGUUGUGCUUUUGGAACUGAUAUCAGGGAAGAGGUCUCUUGAUCCGUCGUUCUCAGAGUAUGGGAACGGGUUUAAUAUUGUUGCAUGGGGGAAGUUGCUGAUCAAGGAGGGGCGCCCAUCCGAUCUUUUCUCUCCGUCCAUGUGGGAAACAGGGCCCCAGGAUCAUCUGGUUGGGAUGUUGAAGCUUGCACUGGCAUGCACCGUCGAGUCACUCGCCAUUCGGCCUUCAAUGAGGCAGGUUGUGGAUAGAUUGAAACAGUUUAAGAGCUCUUGAAAUCGAACUUGUGAUCAUGAGUGUUGGGACAUUGUCCAGAUGAUCACGGUCCAGAAAAGUUAAGAAAUCCACAAUGUUGAUGCACCAAGAAGAUUGAUGCAAGAAAUCUAUUCUACUCUGCAAUCUACAUGCACAGAUAAUUCUCCCUCUACAUCUGAGGUUGCUAUGUUUUCCUCUGUUGCUUUUCCUAUGUAUGGAGCUGUAAAUAAGCUCGAGAUCUUAGAUUCAAUAGCCUGGCUAACAAUCUUUUCUAUUUGUUUUCUGCAGAAUCAAUUGCCUGAGUGUUGGUUUGUGUCACAUUCCAAAACCAGUACUUGGGAUUGCAGUGUCUGAUCAAACAGCUUGCUGGGUGCUGAAGCAAGGCAGCCGAUUUUCCAUUUCAUUGCAAUCUCAGUGAAAUUGGAUUGCUUGUGAGCCACUCAUUUCGUGAUUUACCUGAUUCACAAUUCGGUUCAUGCGAUUUGAGCUGCGGUUCUAAAAGUACUGUAAACGGAAUCGAAAUCAGAUUUUGGCUAGUGAGUUGAUUUCUCAUCAGCUGUGGCUGCAAGAAAUCUGCAUCUGCUAUCCAUUUCAGGAAGAGGGUGUUAGCUCAUCCAAGCAUAAUGCAUCAGCUUGAUUUGUGUUGCUAUGUGUGUGAGGAACCAUGGACGUAUCCGUAUGAGUGGAUCUUUGGGUAUUUGGUAUGGCCCACCUUAACAAACGGCUGGAUAUGCAAUUGCCCAUUUCACAAUAGCCUGAUUUUUAGAGUUCUGUAUUUUGGUUUGA